AUGGUCUCCGACGUCCCCAUCUCCCAGGGUUCACCCGCCCAUCUCCUCCCACCCAGCUGGAAGACGCAAGUGACGGCCUGGCUAGCCGAGGACACGCCAUCGUUCGACUACGGGGGUUUCGUCGUGGGAGAGGGCGAGCGCACGGCCACGCUGUGGGGGAAGUCGGCCGGCGUUAUCGCGGGCCGGCCCUUCUUCGACGAGGUCUUCGCGCAGUGCGGGUGCGAGGUGGAGUGGCGCGCCGCCGAGGGGUCCGAGGUCGACCUGAUGGCCGAGGAGGGUGGCAAGAAGGCCUUGGCCACGGUGCGGGGCCCCGUGCGGGGGAUCCUGCUCGGCGAGCGCGUCGCCCUCAACACCCUGGCGCGCUGCUCCGGCAUCGCCACCCGCAGCAGGGAGCUCGUCAGCCUGCUGCGCGAGGCGGGGUACCGCGGCACCCUGGCCGGCACCCGUAAGACGACCCCCGGUUUUCGACUGGUCGAGAAGUACGGCAUGCUCGUCGGCGGCGCCGACGCCCACCGCAUGGACCUCAGCGCCAUGGUCAUGCUCAAGGACAACCACGUCUGGAGCAGGGGCAGCAUCGCCGACGCCGUGGCCGCCGCCAAGUCCGUCGCCGGCUUCAGCGUCAAGAUCGAGGUCGAGGUCCAGUCCGAGAAGGAGGCCGACGAGGCCAUCGACGCCGGGGCUGACGUCGUCAUGCUCGACAACUUCGGCCCCCAAGAGGUCAGGACGGCCGCCGCCAGCAUCAGGGAGAGGUGGGCUGGCAAGAAGAAUUUCCUUCUCGAGGUGUCGGGUGGCCUGAGGGCUGACAAUGUCGAGCCUUACGUUUGCAAUGGUGAGUUUUUCUUCGUAAAAGUCAUGCUUUUCAUCUCUCUCAUCUUUGCGUAUGAAGUUUCGUCUAUCCUUUCCUUCCUUGCUCCCUUUUCCUUCUCCCUCCUUUUCUCCCAUCGUCGUUGCUAA